CCUCGAUAUCGAAUCUCAAUCGCCAUGGCAAGCCCAGUGUUGGAGAUACUUUUGCGGCCAGCCAUUGCUGCGCCGCUCAUUCUAUUGGUGUCGUACAUCAUAUACCAGCUUUUCCUGAAACCUUCCAACUUACCUGACCUACCAAUCAUUGGUGCACGCAAAGGCGAUUGGUUUCCCAUUUUACAAGCCAAAAUCCGCAACUCCCUCGAUGUCAAGGCCGCUUUGAAUUCGGCCUACAUCCAGUACAGAAAUCAAGCGGCCAUUUUUCCCUUGAUCGACGGUGGCAAUGUCGUCUAUCUUCCACGAUCAGAUACCAAAUUUGCCAGCGAGCAGCCUGCCAAUAUGCUCAGCAUGCACGAAUCAGCACAACAAGAUUUACAAACGGAUUACACUACCAUGGAUCCAUCACUUACUCACGAUCCUAUCCAUCUGGAACUGGUCGCCACCACGCUUACCAAAGAGGUCGGAAACCUCAUCCCAGAUCUAGCUGAAGAAAUCGAGCAUUGUGUCAGCAAACACUGGGGCAAUAGUACAGACUGGUCUGAAGUUUGCAUAAUGGAAUCAGCGCAGAAGAUGCUUAGUGGCAUCACCAACCGAGCAUUUCUUGGUCUUUCGCUUUGUCGAAAUGAAGAAAUGCUAAAGUUGGGCAUCGCAUUCGCGCAGGAUAUUCCACUCUCGUCAAUGAUGAUGAAGUUCUUCCCGCGCUUCGUCAAACCGCUCGUUGCGCCUCUUAUAACCCGCUCAAACAGGAUUCACACGCGCGAGUUCGAGAAAAUUCUUGAACCGGAAAUUAAGGCCCGCCUGGAAGAGUACGACUCGCAAGAUCAUCACAACAAAUCCGAUAGGAACGAUUACUUACAAUGGUUGAUUGAGCAAGCCAAGGAGAUCGGCAACCCGAAGAACUGGCAGGUCAGCGCGCUUUCUCAACGUGUCCUGCUCCUCAACUUUGCUUCCAUUCAUACUACAACCUUUGCUGUUACUCACGCUCUCUUGGACAUCGCUUCUUCAGCUCCCGAUCUUAUACUCGAACUUCGCGACGAAGCAGAGACCGUGCUGAAACAACAUGAUGGCAAGUGGAACAAACGUGCUGUUGCACAGCUUGAAAAGCUCGACUCUGCAAUUCGUGAAAGCCAGCGCAAGAACUCCAUCGUCGCAAUUGGCGUUUCCCGUACCGUCGUAGCAGAAAAAGGCGUGACUUUUCCAUCAGGAACGCACGUCCCCAAAGGGCUAAGGAUAGCUGUUCCAGGGUACUCAGUGCUACAGGACAGUGAGAUCUACCCUGAACCCAAGACUUAUAAACCCCUUCGCUUCUACGAUGCGCGACAAAAUGAGGCCGAUGAAUAUGUCAAGAGCGCGCGUAAUGCUUUACCGACUGCGACGCAGGAUUUCUUGGCGUGGGGGCUCGGUCGGAAUGCGUGUCCUGGGAGAACGGCCCCGGAACACUUGGAUUGCACAGAACAGAAUACCUCCUAUGAAAGCGACGCUGAGAAUAAGGAGGAAAUGUCGAACUUAGAUGGCAUUAAUAAUGUAGUAUCCCAGUUGAAGGAUGCGAACACGGGAAGGAUUCGCUUGUCGAUAAAUAACGAUAACACACACGUGACAGCAAGGUCUUCCAGCGGAGUAUGGGAGAGACAGAUCGACGAGUGCGAAAGCUUUUACUGGCUUUACACGAAAGAAGGCCAUGGCUGUUAUCCUAUCACCGCUUGCGCGUCUUUUCAAGUCAAGCCCUCGUCCAACAAUGAUGAUAAUCGUGUUGUAGAUGCUCUAAAGAAUGCUUGGGUCUUUACCCGACACAAACACCCGACAUUAGGCUCUCGUAUCGAACGAGAUAAUGAGACCGGCAUGUCUAAAAGGAUCUACAACCCUUUUGAGAGUAACGAGGAUGUUGAUCUUUGGUUGAACUCGACAUUCCAGGUCAUCAGCACCAAUAAAAGUGCACUGGAGUGGUUCAAUGACCAUGCUCCCGUCUUCACUGUUCCAACCGUCUACAUCAUCCAGCCCAAAGGGAAUGCGAGUCGUCGGACCUUAUUCCUACGAUGCCCUCACGAUAUCACCGACGGUGUUGGUAUUCUGCAGCUUCUCAGCCAGCUAUUUACUCAGGCUGCUCAGUAUUACACGCAGUCAGCAAAGUAUGAAUACCCGUUGCCUGACGAAGACCUCGGGGCAAGACUUUCGCCAUGUCUUCGUGUCGCUACAUCUAUUCGUGACCCGUUAUCUGAAGCACAGCUGCAGAGAUUUCAAGAAAUUUCCACCAAGAAUGAAGAGAUGUACAAUCAUCCUGGUCUGAUGAGCUUGCCUCCGACCUCUUCGCCAAGGAUGAAGGCCGAAUUGAAAGCUAAGCGCAUCGCAAUAUCGAUACCCAAGGACGUAUCAGCACAGAUCCUUGCUGGUUGUAAGAUGAUUGCCUCUGGAGUCAGUUUGACUCAUAUUCUCGUCUCGGCUUUGGCAACGGCCCUCGCUGAGUUCCAGCCUCGCAAACAGGAAGCCUAUACUGUUCGGUAUGUCGAUCGUCCUAUGCUCAACCUCCGCCCAUUCUGCAAAGAACCAUACAACAGCCCUGAUCAUGCGAGCGCACCAUAUCACGCAGUCUGCGCACAGGCUUUAGGCAUCGACUUGGAAGUUCCAGGGCUAGGCCUUGAGCAGAACGUCGCAGCAACAACUUUGUCUCGGGUGGCUACCCAAGUUCGAGACUUCUACCACCAGCACAAACCCACCUUAUCGCAUGAAAUCCACGAACAGGUUCUCUUCGCGCCCUUGACGUUCAAAUCCCAAUUUCCCCCGCAUGGGGUAGAUCCCUGGUCUGUCUCAGACCCACCAUUCUGUCCCGUUUCUCUUUCCUCGAUCGGGAACCUGAGUUCUGUGGUGGCUGCAUCCAAUGGCAUUUUCGAGCUUACCAAUGUCUGGGUUGCCAGUCAAUCAAUUAUUACUGGUGUUGCAGUCUUCCUCGGAAGCUGGGAUGGCGAAAUUGAACUUUCUAGUGUUGUCAAUACUCAGUUCCAUAGUAAGGAGUACGUGCAGAAGUUCUUGGAGUGUAUUCUGAAGCAUGUAUAUCAAGGCCUUGGUGUGGAACGGGAAUGA